AUGUGGGUUUUAGCGCUGGACCCCUCAAAUGAUCAAGCAAGGUACAAAACAUUUGUAGCAAACCGUGUCUCUAGGAUAAGGGAAGGUAGUGAUCAGAAUGAGUGGAGGUACGUUAACUCUGAAUGGAACCCAGCAGACGAUGCAUCACACUCCCAGCAGUAUGAAAUGUGGAGAACAGGGCCGGGUUUCUUGCUGAAGGAGUGUUUUUGGACAGCAGAACCAGCCCACAUGUCCAACAGUGUGGAGGGACUAGAAGUUAGACGUGAGAUAGGUCCCAAAAGGGCGCAAGUCUGCCAAACAAUUAGCUACAGGUUGCAUAAAAUCCUCCACCACUACUCAAAGUGGAUCCGGCUACUCAGAGCCAAAGGUUGGGUCAUAUUAUUUGCCAGAUAUUUAAUGUACAAACACAGGCAGCAGCUUAGCGAGCUAAACGUGCAUUUGUCCACACAAGUUAUGAGCUUGGCAGAGAAUGUGGUUGUGCAGGUGGCACAGUGUAUGACUUAUGAGGUAGAAAUAGCAAGUCUUGAGAAGGGCAGCACCAUCAGGGUUUCCAGCUCCUUAAGAAAAUUGAAACCAAUCCUGAGAAAUUGGCAAUUCUACGUUGGAGGGAGGUUAUCACUGGCAAAUAUCGCCCCGAGUGAAAGGAAUCCAAUUAUUCUGCCAUAUAAGGGCCUCUUGACUGACAUGGUUAUCCAGUAUUAUCAUGAGCGUUCCAACCAUAUGGGCAUAAUGUAUGCACUGGGUCUAAUGAGUGAGAAAUUUUGGGUGGUUAAGGGCAAUGCAGCGGUGAGGCGCGUGCUAGGGAAAUGCAUCAAGUGUCGCAGGGUACAUGGAAAGGUAAUUGAACAGCAAAUGGCCGAUCUACCAACUGAUCGCGUGGAGUCAGGGAAACCACCCUUCUAUCGCACCGGGAGUGGACCUUUUUGGGCCAUUCUUCGUGAAAAGGGCAGAGCACAGACCUUACAGACCUUACAGACCUUACAUCUUGUUCGGGUUGCCCCAGGUCCCUCAGUGUGA